GCAGUUUUCUUUCUUCAUGACGAUGUGUUGUUGGUUCGGCGGAGCUCCCAGAGAUUCGAUCGCGAUUUCAAGAAUGUGAUUCGCUUCAGACGAGGAAGAUCUGCUGGAAAAGAAGCCCGUCCAAAGUGGGAGAGGUGUCUGUAGGAAGUCUGUCUGAGAAUUGGCUGGCCACUUCAUCGAUGGUGUGAUGGGUGGGAAAAGGCAAUCGAGAAGCACCAGCGGGGAGCCGAAAUGGAACCCCCUGCCCAACGCACUGGGGAUUGCAGCAGUGACGUACAUUGCCGUCGAUUAUCUGAGAGAGCUAAAUCCUCCCCUUCAUGAGAAACUACAACCAUGGCUAUGGGGGUUUCUGGCGCUUGCAUGCGCCUUGCGUGCACCUUUCUACCCUUACUGGAAGCGGGAGGUUAGAAGUAUCGGCCCCUUUGUGCUGAGCGUCUUCUUCAUGCUCGGCGCUCUCACGAUCGAGGCCUUCUCCGUUCAGUUCGUCACCACCGUGCUGGGUCUAGAUUGGCACUGGAAGACGUCACCCCUUCCUGAUACAGGGCAAUGGCUUUUGUUGUACUUGAACGAGAGGCUACCGAUGCCGGUGGUGGAGUUGCUGCGAGCACCGCUGGUCGGUCUGCAUCACUACCUCAUCUUGUUCCUGAUGCUGUGCUUUUCUGUUCUCUUUGGUUGUGCCAAGGCACCGGGGGUGGGUAUCGGUGCUCGUUACAUGACCAGCAUGGGCAUUGGCCGGUUGCUGCGUGUCAUGACCUUCCUUCCCACUAUACUUCCGUCAGCACGACCAUGGUGUGCUCAUGCUCGCUUCCGCACGGCCAAUCAUCCUCAUCCAUGGGCUCAAAAGUACUUCACCCCGUACACGAGUGACCCGGAGCUAGUGAGAAAACUCCUCAAACUUGAUGAAGCGUUCGCUCCUGUUGGAGACUAUCCUCCAGAGUUUGUGCCGAACUGGGGAAGCAUGCAGUUCCUCGUCAACAUUUUGAGGCCACCGGAUCCUGCAGUCUAUCCCAAUACCAAGAAUGAAUCCUGGUUCACGACCUUGAAACGGGCUGGAGGAGGCUGUAACGAUUUGAUAUUCAGCGGACACAUUUUGGUUUCUGUGUUGACAGCCAUGGCAUGGACGGAAGCUUACCCAGGGUGGACCUCUUGUAUCAUUUGGGUGCUGGUUCUUCAUUCUGCUCAAAGAGAGAUCAGGGAGAGACACCACUAUAGCACGGAUGUCACCGCUGGAUUAUACAUGGGAAUAUUUCUAUGGUGGCUAACAAGUUUCUUAUGGUCCAAGAACGACGAGAGAAAAGCUCGAAGAGCAAAGUUAAUGAUGCGCAAGGAAGAUGCUCUUGUCAAAGCUGCUAAGGAUGGAGACAUAGAGAAGAUCCGAACAAUUUUGAGCGACGUUGAGAAGGCAGGAGAAGAAAGCCUACGUCUUGAGACCAGGGAGAAGAUAAUUGCAGGAACCAUACUUGGUGUCACACUUGGCAUGGCCCUCCUGGCAUUUGUAUGGACUGCGAAUGGAUAACUCACAGAUUGUGAAGAGACAAUCUGAAUCCCGCUUGAAGCCCCUCAUAUGGUUGCAAGCUCAAGCGACAACCAUUUCAGGAUGUGUUUGGGCAAAGCAGGCCGGUACAGUCCUUGCUUGCGGCUCUUCUUUGUCAUCCUCUAUUUCAAACAAUACGACAUACGUCCUUAGUGUAGCUUCUUGUGUGGACAUGGUGUCUGUCUUUUAACACUGGUGAAAUGCCAGUCAUUCCCAAUGGUGGACACCUUCAGAGUUAAUUCUGCAACUUCCGACUCCAUUCCACAGCUGAGAUCCUUUCGCAUAAUGGUCGCAGCACCCACACGAACGGCCGCCUCGGUAGCACUAAGAUCAGAGCUUGUAGAAUUUCGUGGAAAUGUUGCCAAGCUGCGCAGUGGAGAAGACCUGGAGAAGACCGCUGGACCGUGUGCCGUCUCCUCGAGUAUGUCCCCGAAGGUUGUGGAUUGGACGCGGACUCUCGAUGUUUCAGAGUCUUUUUCACUUGGAUGAUUAAAGCGCAGGUCGUAGUGACGGCCGCAAGAUUUACACUCGGAACCAGAUUUGCAUUACAAAGAGACGGAGCACUUUGAAACUCAAGGACCCAAACGUACCCGAAGUAGGAUUCAGAAAUUCAGACUAGGUGGAUUGCAAUUCUAUCCUCAACUCUCCCUGCUUGACUUUAACAACCAUGAUCCGUUGUUAGAAAGCAAGGUAGAAAGCAUGUCCACAAAUUUCGUUUGGCAAGGAUCAAGUUCCAGUCUUGCAGCAUGAUAACAAUAUAUGGAUGACAGU